AUGGUUUAUAAAUUAGUUUUAAUUAGACAUGGUGAAUCAACAUGGAAUAAAGAGAAUAAAUUCACAGGUUGGACAGAUGUUGAUCUUUCAGAGAAAGGUGUUCAAGAAGCUCAUGAAGCAGGUAAAAGAUUAUUAAAAGCAGGUUUUACAUUUGAUAUUGCCUACACAAGUGUUUUAAAGAGAGCAAUUCGUACCCUUUGGAUCCUCUUAGAAGAAUUGAACCUUUAUUGGAUUCCAGUUUCAAGACAAUGGAGAUUAAAUGAACGUAUGUAUGGUUCACUUCAAGGUUUAAAUAAAUCAGAAACUGCCGCAAAAUAUGGUGAAGAUCAAGUAUUAAUCUGGAGAAGAUCUUAUGAUAUCCCACCACCAGCCCUCGAAGAAUCUGAUGAACGUUAUCCAGGUAAUGAUCCACGUUAUGCUAAAUUAGAUAAAUCUGAUCUCCCAAAAACUGAAUGUCUUAAAGAUACUGUUGAAAGAUUUUUACCACUUUGGAAUGAUACUAUUGCUCCAACAAUUAAAUCAGGUCAAAAAGUUUUAAUUGCUGCUCAUGGUAAUUCAAUUAGAGCUUUAGUUAAAUAUUUAGAUAACAUUGCUGAUGAUAAGAUUGUAUCAAUGGAUAUUCCAACUGGUAUCCCAUUAGUAUAUGAAUUGGAUGAAAACCUUAAACCAAUUAAACACUACUACCUUGCUGAUGAAUCAGAAUUAAAUGCUGCUAUCCAAGCUGUUGCCAAUCAAGGUAAAGCUAAAUAA